UCAUGAAGGCAGUGAAUGAACUACCAUUCCGGAGGAGAAACAGAAAGACCGCUUGGUGAGAGACAGUUAAUUGCUAUCUCACUGUUUCUUCUUUCUCAAAAUGCUGCUGUUCAAUUCUGCAAUUCCUUCACCUUCUUUAGACAGUUAAUGGAAGAAGCUGACCAUCCUUCUUCUUCCUCUUCAGUCCCUGUUGCUGAACCUUCUGCUUCUCAAGUACAAGAAGAAGAAGUGAGGAAUGAGCAAAUUGAAAAUGGGAAUAAUUCUCACCACCAACGCAACCAUCCUUCUUAUUCUUACUCUUCCGCUCUACCUUACAGAGUUAACAUAUCCAUAUCCAAUAUGGCGCCCACUGAGAUGACAGAUGAUGUCUGGUCAUGCCUUGUUGUUCUUGUCACUUUUUGGUUCUUUGCCUCCAUGACUCUAAUUCUUGGAUUCUACGGCUCUGUCAACUUGGAAUUGGGUCCAAAUUGCUCCUAUCUUAUCAAAACCAACCCUUUAUUUGUGCAAUCUAUCAAGGUGGAGGAGGUAGAUGAGCCAAAACAUGGGCCUAUGCUUUAUGGAUUUCACAAGCCUCCACCUAUGGAUGUUGAAACUACCUGGACUGAAACACACAAGGCACUUGUCCCCAUCGAUUUUCACAAGGAGUGGGCAUACUUCCUAAAUAAAGGGUCGAAAGUGGCUAUCUUUUACACAAUAAAAUCCCCAAGUUCGUCACCUUUGUCUCUUGUAAUUGCUCAAGGUAGAGACAGCCUUGUUGAGUGGAUAGAUGAGCCCUCAUAUCCCAAUUCAACUCUGUCUUGGAAUAUUAUCUUUGGAAGUGGCAAAAUCGAACAGGAAAUUUCAGAGUCCUCUAAUUAUUAUAUAGCAGUGGGGAAUUUGAACUCUGAGGAUGUGGAGGUGGAAUUGAAGUUCAGAAUGAAUGCUUUCAUCUACAACACAACAAACGCAUUCUAUAUGUGCUCCCUUGGUCACCGUCUUUGCAGUCUAAAGCUGUUUCUUUUAGGAACAAAUGUUGCUGUCUUAACAUCUCCGGUUCCUCAAGAGGGCGAUGACUGGUAUGUCAAAGUGUCUUAUGGACCAAGAUGGAUGACAUACUUCAUUGGUUCAGGCUUCAUGACUCUUUUAAUCUUGUUUACCUUGAGAUACUGUAAAAUGUUCCAAGCUUCCAGUGGAGAUGGAAUCCAAGAGGGUGAUAAUUUGAGAUCCGAACGAGCCCCAUUGCUGUUACCGAAAGAUGAUGAUGUCUCAAGCUGGGGUUCAUCUUAUGGUUCUACCUCACAGGAAGAGCAUGAGGAUUUGGAUGAACUGCUUGCAAUGAAUUCAGGAGCGGGAAAACAAUUAUCAGAAGGGGAAAAUCUCAAUCGUCUUUGUGUCAUUUGCUUUGAUGCCCCAAGGGAUUGCUUCUUUCUUCCAUGUGGGCAUUGUGCAGCCUGUUUUACCUGUGGAACAAGGAUUGCAGAAGAGCCUGGUACUUGUCCAAUAUGUCGUAGGAGUAUGAAGAAAGUGAGGAAGAUAUUUACAGUUUGAGCAUUAUUUUGUAGAUUGUCUUCAGAACUUUUUUUUUUUUUUUUUUUACCCCUCUUUACACUUUAGCGUACCUGUUUUUGUAGCAAGCUAAGGUUUGAUGCAGGAUUGUACAGAGAGUAUUUGUUAGGAAAAUUAUAAGGUUUGAGAAAAAAAAAAAAGGAAUUUUCAAUCAUGUUACCAAAGAUUGGACUUC